AUGUUUCUCCAACGUGUCCUGGCCCUCGGGGCUGCAUGUGCAAGCCUCAGCCUCGUUCGCGCCGUUGACCUCACGGGCUACGAGUACGUAGUAGUUGGUUCCGGCGCAGGAGGUGGCCCUCUGGCUGCGCGUCUUGCCCUUGCCGGUCACAAAACACUCUUGAUCGAGGCCGGCGACGAUCAGGGACAGAGCAUCAACUACACCGUACCAGCAUACCAUGCACGAGUAUCCGAAGACCCCAAGCUUGCUUGGAACUUCUUCGUCCGUCACUAUGCCGACGACGAACGCCAGGCAAGAGACUGGAAGACCAGCUACGACACACCAGAUGGCACCAUCUACUCUGGCCUCAACCCUCCUAAAGGGUCCAAGAUGAAGGGUGUUCUCUACCCCAGGACUGGAUCACUUGGCGGGUGCACUUCGCACAAUGCCAUGGUGGCCGUGUAUCCUCACGAGUCUGAUUUUAACUACAUCAGCACCCUUACGGGGGAUAGCUCAUGGCGGCCCGACAAUAUGCGCAAGUACUUUGCCCGGAUGGAGAGGAAGCAGUAUAUCAACGGUCUUUACAAGGGACAUGGAAGAGAUGGUUGGUUCACCACCGAGGUUGCCCCCCUGACCAUUCCCCUCAAAGAUCCUCAACUGCUGGCCACCCUGACCGGCGGUGCUUCUGCCCUCGGAAGCCUCAGCAACCAGAUCUUGAACGUCGGCACUCUUCUCGCAGGCGACCUCAAUGCGGACAGCAGUCUCCGUGAUAGACAGCCUGCCUACUACCAGAUCCCCAUCAGCACCGACAAGGGAACCCGUCUCGGAACCCGCGAGUUUGUCGUCUCCGUCCGGGACGCCAAGAACCCUGACGGCAGCAAGAAGUACCCUCUCGAUGUUCGCCUCAAUUGCCAUGUCACCAAGGUCAUCUUCGACAAGAAGUCUUCCCCUCCCAGGGCCAUUGGUGUGGAGUUCCUCGACGGCGCCUACCUCUACCGCGCCAGCCCUCUGUCCACUGGAGCCAAGGGAACCCCCGGGUCUGCCCGCGCCUCGAGAGAGGUCAUUCUCGCCGGCGGCACCUACAACUCGCCCCAGCUUCUCAAGCUCUCUGGCAUUGGCCCCAAGGACGAGCUCAAAUCUUUCAACAUCCCCGUCCUCGUCGAUCUUCCUGGUGUCGGCGCCAACCUCCAGGACCACUACGAGACGGCGGUGACAGCCCGCGCUCCCCGUUCCUACAACGCCCUCAAGGACUGCACGUUCCUCUUCAACACCACCGACGACCCCUGCCUCGACAAAUGGCAGCGUCCCAUCCUCGGUGACCGCGGCACCUACGCCUCCAACGGCUUCGCGGCCGCCAUGCUCUCCAAGUCCACCACCACCCCGGACGGCUCCUUCGACACGUUUGUCUUUGGCGGCCCGGUCAACUUCCACGGGUACUACCCGGGCUACAGCUACGCCGCCGUUGCCGAGUCCGACCUCUGGACCUGGGCCGUCCUCAAGGCUCACCCCCGCAACACGGCCGGUUUUGUGCGCCUUCGGUCCGCCGACCCGUUGGACGUGCCCGAGAUUAACUACAACUACUUCGACACCGGCAGUGGAGACUGGAGGGCGGAUAUCCAGACUAUUGUUGAGGGUAUUGAGCUCGCGCGGGAGGCGCUGCGCAAGCAGCCUGUCCGGACGAACGAGAUUCUCCCUGGUGCGGGGACGAAUACGAGAGAGGAGCUGGAAGCUUACAUCAAGGAUACUAGCUGGGGUCAUCACGCCAGCUCGACCUGCCCUAUUGGUCCUGACGGUGACCCGAUGGCCGUGCUGGACAGCAAGUUCCGGGUCAGAGGCGUGAAGGGGUUGAGGGUGGUCGAUGCUAGUGUGUAUCCCAGGAUUCCGGGAACAUUCACUGCUGUGUCGACCAUGAUGGUGGCCGAAAAGGCUGCGGAUGACAUUCUGGCCGAGGCCAACUGA